UUACGGUGUGACGAGAAGGUAAACGUGAAAACAAAAAACAGCAGAACCCUUUGUUUUUGAAUCAAAGGAAUACGAGUUAAAAAUGGCAAGCAACGUGGUCGAUAAUGUCUUCCUCAGUAAGAGGACUCUGAGAAACAAGGCGGUGUCAAUGUCCCGAUUUCUUUGUUUUGUCGUCGUGUUAUGUAUGCUCUUUUUCUCAAGCACGGCCAAUACCGUAUCGGCAUCCGCCUUAUUCGAAAAUUAUAACAGCAAAGGCACUGUAUUUGAGGGCCAGUGUCCACCUUGCAAUUGCGUACCCGCAAAGAYGGAGCAAAUAUGGAGCUGGCUUGUGUACUUUGCCACUACCCUCGAGGUGUUAGUGCGUGGAUUCUCUCUGGGAUUUGGUGCCCGCAUGCUCAAGUACAUUUUCUUUCCCGAGGAGAGCGAGAAGUUAGAGGGUACGACGGAUAACUUGUUUGAACAAUUUAAGCGCCGAGCCAUUGUUUCGAUGAUCUCUGGCCUGUCCGUGGCGGCCUUCAUCCACGGCUCGUCGUUGUUCAUACCUACCCAACUGCGAGACAAUUGGUUCGAUUAUGUCGAUCAAUGAAGCAUGCCAAAAUACUGUACACGAAAUGCUUUCUAUUUGAAGUGCGUCUUACCGUAUCGUUGAACUCUYCCAUAAGACUUGAAUUCAUCUUUCGUAUAUGAGCAAGUAAGUUAGGAAAGAAGUUUCGUUGUUGAUGAUCUCACACUAAUUCAGUUGUAUCAACUAGUCGACUGGCAACUUCGUGUGCACUCGACAUGUGAAGUUAGAAGGAAAUAGCGGUAAACGUACAUAAUUAAGUUUAACAUUUGGA